AUGGUUGCUUUCGAGCCAGAGAAAGUGUCGAUCGCAGGUUUGAGGGGCAUGGAAGGUCAAGAGUGGCCUACUGGAAUGGUCGACCGCUUGUUCCGUCGCAUUGUCCUUAUGGCGUACGGCGAGCAGAUCAAUAAGUUCACAGACCGGAAGCAGUUUUUGUAUGCAUUUCGCGAUGCUGUUGGGGGUCAUCAAAACAUGUGGGACAUUAAUGUUAUUCACCGGGAUAUUAGCAUCAACAACAUUCUCAUCGGAGAGGAAGACGCUGGAGCGGGGUGGCAAGGUGUCGUUAUUGAUUUGGACAUGGCCGUUUUUUGGGAACAUAUGACGACCAUGGCUGCGGUGGACUUCAGAACAGGCACGCGAGCUUUCCAGUCGCUUUUUGUCAUGGCCAACGGAAAGCCAGUCGAAAAACCACCCUUAGCAGCUUGGGAGAGUGAGAAUCUCGAGUUCGCGAUAGCAGCAAAAUCGGCAUUCCUCAAUCCCAUGGUCAUUAAACACAACGCAGUCAAUCACACCUUUGGAAAGGUCUUCCAGGACCUGUUCGAUGCUCUGCGUGGAUUCUUUUUGGAGAAGUACAAGUGGAAAACCGAGAACAGGGACACAAUGCCGAACAAGAUGGACGCAAUGAAGGAGCACUCAAUGCAGCACUACGCAGAAUUCCUUGCACAUAUUGACACUGCAGUCACGGCUCUUGAAGAGGAGGAGAACGGGUCUCCUUCAAGUUCUCCUGUGCCUUCGCCGCCCCCCGAACCCGCACUGACACACUCUCCGCAUUCGAGCCAGCAGAUGGAGUCAUCUAGUGGCAUGAAGCGCACCCGUGGCGAGCGGGAUGCAGGUGGAGCUGACAUGGACAUUGAUGGAGAGGGAGCUCUGCCAGCACCAAAGAGGUUGCACAUGAGAAUAUUGUUGUGGUCUCAACCUGAGACAGUGCCAGAAGCUGUCGCUGGAGCUGCUCCAACGGCUGUUCCUGCUCCUAGACGUUUGUCGCGGUUGCAGACUGGGUCCACUCAAUCAGCGCCCGCGAGCAUCGAGCCCGUCCCUGCAACCGUGGCGAGAAGGCAGUCAACGAGGUCGAGGAAUGGAUCUAGAUCAACCCAGCCCGUGGAGGCGCCUGUCAAUACUGAUGCUUCGACGUGGAAUACGACACGGGUGCCAUCAACGAACUCGCAGGGUCAGAGAGGAACAACGCAGAGGGCUCAGUCAGGAGGAGCGAGGCAGAUGAUGAGGGCGAGGACACAGUCAGGUAAGGUGACGACGGAGAGGCCGGCAGAUGGGCCGAGCACUCAAUCGUCCCACCGGGGUCUUUGCCAUGGUCAUUCGGCUACCCGCAAGGGCGAAAAAUAG